GCUUGAUGUGUUGUUUCGUUUUUAUGUUGAACAGUUAAACAGGCUUAACGAAUUACUAGUUAGCUGCCUAGUAGGCCGCCAGCUAGCUAUUACAUUUGACUACUUCAACUUUUCUUACUUUUGUUUACAACGUUAAUCCGGCUAUGAAGAUGUGCCAUAGUAUUUCAGUAAUUAGUAGAAAAUACAGAAUUGUAAUUGGUUUGAAAAAAGUUUAGUCACAUGUUAAGUGCAAAAGAAAUAGUAAGCUGAUCAAUAUGAUAUAUAUACAAUAUUUUAUAUUAUCGAAAAACAGCUUUAUGGUUGUGUCUGUUCUUUCUGGAGUGUCAAAUGCUUCCCCCAGGUGUUUACACAAGAGUUUUUAUAUAAGCUUGGGCAAGUUGUGACAUGUGACACCAAUAAGACACCUCAGGGUUUUUUUAUAGUCCAAAGCACCAUGUAUACUUGCAUCAUUAAUGCAAGACACCGGACAAUAAUUUACAAUGAGGGCUUUACCUGUAUGUAAUUUUACACAAUCAUGUAAUUUAGUUUUUUCUACUGAUAACUUCUUUUUCUCUUUUCUUAUUAUGUUUUCACAACAGGCCAACAAGCACUGUGAAAAAACUCUUCAAAAGUAACAACUCAACCAAAAAAACUUAGCUUAGCAAUAUUAGAAAUGCUCACUUACAAAUAGAAAAAAAGUAUUCGUUGCACGUGAGAGUAAUGUAUAAAUAGAAAGAAUAUUAAUAUAGGUCGCGUAUGAAAAGCCACUGCGUUAACAUAAGCUUUUGAAAUUUAUUGUGUGCUUUCCAAGUUAUAAUACAGUAGCUGUAUACACUGUACAUUAUGUAUUUAGGAAUUGGUAGCUCAGUCCAUAGAGCACUUGACUCACAUCCACAAAAAACGCUAUAGAAACAAAUUUAUGGUCUCUCCUGGAAGCAAUUAAAAUGGUAAGGGAUAUCCAACAUCCAAUUAUCCAACUCAAAACAUGGCAUAUCCACAACAGCCAAACAUGGCAUACCCACAACAGCCAAACACAGGUUACCCUCCACAGCAGAAUAUGGCGUAUCCUCCUCAGCCACAAGGUUAUCCUCCACAAAAUCAUAUUGCAUAUCCACAACAACCAACAUACCCACCAGCAGGUCCGCCACCUCCGUACACACCUACAGCACAACAGACUUAUCCUCCCACCACUGGCUAUCCACAACAACCUGUCGGUUAUCCACCUCAUACUGGUUAUCCUGCUGCAGCAGUUCAUGGAGGAGCGUUCGACUCAUCUGCUCGUUUUGGUGCUGGUGCAUCUUAUAAUAUUCCACCUCCUCCGCCGGGUGUGGCACCAACUGCUGCUCAAGUAGCAAGUAUGCAUGGCCAACCUGUCAUGAUGCAACAAAGAAAGGCUGACUUCUUCGGCGGCCAUAGCAGCGGGGGCUCCACAUUUUGGUAGUCUGUAAUAUACAUUUAAGUAGUUUCCACCCUACUCUUACAAAAAAAAAUUUAAACAGCUUUCCGCAUUUGUUCAUGCUGUCAUGCUCCACUGCAGGGCGUGCCUUUUUAAAUGCUGAUUUUAGGAUUGUUUAUCUAAGUUGUACAUUUGAUAUAGAAGCAUCCGUGACUCAUGACGUCAUGAAAAUUGUGUGGAACGAUGUUUUUAUAUUUGCUUGUUAGAAUGUUGUGGAAUGAAUAAAUAUUUUUUUUAGCUUAAAAUGAUUAAAAGUUUCUCUGUUCUUGUCUAACUUUUUGUGAAUAUUUUUGUUUUUUGUGUUGUUGUUGUAUGAUUUUUUGGCGAUUGUAAAUAAUUUUAUUCUCUUCA